GCCCGCAUCGGUGCCGAGGAGGAGGCGUGGCCUGCCCGUGAUUGGUGGGCAGGGAGGGAGCGCGGGGGGCCGUGCGGCGUGGCGCGGCGCCGAUUUCCGGUGCGCGGAGCGGCGGCGGCGGCGGCAGCGGCGGUGGGGACGGCCCGGCACGAUGCGGUUCCCGCGGCUCCUGCUGUGCCUGGGCGUGUGGGCGCUGUGCGGCUCGGCCAAGCCCACGGAGCGCAAGGAGCGGGUGGUGCGCGAGGCCCCGCUCAGCGCCCGCGAGCACGACGACGCCCAGAGCUUCGACUACGACCACGACGCCUUCCUGGGCGCCGACGAGGCCAAGAGCUUCGACCAGCUCACGCCGGAGGAGAGCAAAGAGCGCCUGGGGAAGAUUGUAGGGAAGAUAGAUGAGGAUGGAGACGGGUUUGUGACAGUGGAGGAGCUGAAAGCCUGGAUCAAGUUUGCCCAAAAGCGCUGGAUUUACGAGGAUGUGGAGCGCCAGUGGAAGGGCCAUGACCUCAACGAGGACGGGCUUGUUUCCUGGGAGGAGUAUAAAAAUGCCACCUAUGGAUAUAUCCUGGACGAUCCGGACCCCGACGACGGCUUCAACUACAAGCAGAUGAUGGUGCGGGACGAGCGGCGCUUCAAGAUGGCCGACAAGGACGGGGACCUGGCCGCCACCAAGGAGGAGUUCACGGCCUUCCUGCACCCCGAGGAGUACGACUACAUGAAGGACAUCGUUGUGCAGGAAACCAUGGAGGACAUUGACAAGAACGGCGAUGGUUUCAUUGACCUGGAGGAGUACAUCGGUGACAUGUACAGCCAGGACGGUGAUGCUGACGAGCCUGAGUGGGUGAAGACGGAGCGGGAGCAGUUCGUGGAGUUCCGGGACAAGAACCGGGAUGGGAAGAUGGACAAGGAGGAGACCAAGGAUUGGAUCCUGCCCUCGGACUACGACCACGCCGAGGCUGAGGCCCGGCACCUCGUCUACGAGUCCGACCAGGACAAGGACGGGAAGCUGACGCGGGAGGAGAUCGUGGACAAGUCAGACCUGUUCGUGGGCAGCCAGGCCACGGACUUCGGGGAGGCGCUGGUGCGGCACGACGAGUUCUAGGCCCGAGGCCGGCAGCCGUCUGUGGGCUCCGUCCCUGCCGAGGCCGCUCCUGCCGCCGAGAAACCCCAUCCCGGCUCCCGGGGACGGGGCUCGGGAAAGCCACACUCCCCCGGCACCCGGGGCUCGUCUCGUUGUGGGUUUUCCCCGGAUUUUAACGACUUUUGGGUUAUUUUUGUAUGUUUUGGUUUUACCACGUGUGGGAACAGCUCCCCUGGCGCGGGGGCAGCGACGGGGCUGCCCGGGGCUGCGGGGCCAGGGGGCCUGGGGGGGGAGUGGGAAGUUCACCGAGGGAUUGGGAUUGGAAUUGCAGUUGGAAUAAAAAUUAGAAUUGGAAUUGGAAUUAAAGUUGAAAUUGAAAUUAAAAUUGGAAUUUGAAUUGGACUGAAAUUUGAAUUAAAAAUGGAAUUGGAAUUAAACACUGAAAUCAAAGUUGAAAACUGAAAUUGAAAUGGAAUUGGAACCAAAUAAGUAAAAUUGAAUUAAGUGGAAACGCUGAUGUGAAAUUGGAAUGAAAAGAAGUGAACAUUGAAAACCCCAAAAACCGUCAGAGCAGCAGCAGGACCAGGGGGUGACCCCAGGGAGGUUGGACCCUCCUCCCCUGUGGCUGCUCCGUGGGAUCUGGGCAAGACCCUUCCCCCAGCCCCGCUCCAAGUGCCUUGAAUCCCCCAGACCUCUGGGGGAGGGCCUCAUCCCACCCCGCUCCGGGACAGUUCCCGAGGUUUUCUCUCUUCUGUGUUGUUUGUCCCCCUGCAGCCACCAGAGCUGCGUGGAAUCGGGCCCGGCCAUCUCCAAAUUCCCAGGUUUUCCCUUAAAUCCUUUCCCAAAGGUUUCCAAGGGCUGACCGGAUCCUCCCAUCUCUAUCUCCUCCUCCUCCCCUUUCUGCUCCUCCUUUUCCUCCCCUCCCUAAAUCCAGGGGUAAGUGGGUCGGGAAUAUGGCCUCAUGCAGCGCUUGGGAAUCUGGGAAUGCUGGGGGUGAUCCGGGAAUGUCAGGAUUGGUUUGGGACACCAGGGAUGAUUUGGGACAGCGGAAGUGAUUUUUGGAACCCUGGGAAAGCCUCUGGUGCAGCCACCCAGCUCUGCAACAGCCCCUCUCCUAACAUCCCCCGGCUCCCAUCCGUGAGGAUCUGGGGCCCUGUGACAACUCCAGACAUGGAUUUUUCGCCUCCUCCGGGUUUAUUCCUUGGUUUUCUCCUCGGGCUGAUUGAAGGGAUCCGGAUCGGUUGGAACUCAAUAAAAUUGUUCACCCCCCGAUGGGCCGAGGGGGACGGA